AUGGCGGACCUUCAUCGCCAGCUGCAGGCGUACCUAGCGCAGGGGAAAGCGGGUGAGUCAGCGGCCGCCGUGCCGCUGCUCGCCGAGGACCAGGCGGAGGUGGCUGCAGCGAGGAACGGGGCGGCAGGAACGUGGAUGGGCAGGACGAGCCUGCGCUGGGAGUGGGCGCGUAACCCCGCAGAGCAAGCGCCGGCGAGCGGGCCGUGCUUGCCCAGUGUGACGCGUACGCAGAGGCUGGCAGCGAGCGGCGUGUGUCUGCUGCUGGCAGCCCUCUGCUUCGGCCUGGCCGCGCUGUACGCGCCGGUGCUGCUACUGCGCGCCCGCAAGUUCGCACUGCUGUGGUCGCUGGGCUCGGUGCUGGCGUUGGUGGGCGGUGCCCUGCUCCGCGGCGGCGCGGCGUGCGGACGCUUACUGCGCGGGGAGGAAGCCCCGUCCCCGGCCGUGCUGUGCUACGUCAUCGCGCUGUGUGCCACGCUCUACGCUGCGCUAGUCCUGCGCAGUACAGGGUUCACGGUGCUGGGCGCAUGCGCACAGAUGGCAGCCCUGCUCGGGGUACUGGUCAGCUUGCUGCCCUGGGGCGGAGCCACCAUGUUGCGCCUCGCACUUGGCCGUCUGGCCCCUAGCACCGGCCUCACUAAAGCAUUGCCUGUCUGACAAGCGGACUCCGACUUCGGAGCCUUGACCCAGCCAAGCACGGACCUACCCCAAGGACACCCCGGGCGGCAGCGACUGAAUCUUCCCGGCCGCCAUCUGAAGACUGAGCUGAGCAGGCAGUAUUGACUGAAACUUGACCACUUCGGGAAGCUUGGAUUUCAACGUUCGUUGGAUUGGUGAUGUGCUGUAGAGUAUCUAUUGUUUCUACAUUGGCCUUGGUCUUCGAAGAAGCACAGUAAAAACCAAUGGCUCUUGUAUUA